CUGGAUCUCCCUCGGAUGCUUUCGUACCGACUGUUCAGUUCUGAAUGCAGAAGUAGGUGUCACAUAACGCGGUGGUUCUCAAGCCUAAUCUUUCGAACGUGGGUCAAUAUGGAAAACCAGCAGGUGUGGGUGCGAGACCCACAGGAGGGUUUCAUAAUCGGGAAGUUCAUAGAUAUGGUAGACGGCGAUGCACUGAUCCUGCCACUCGAUCCAAAGUAUCCACAGCGCACCUGCCCCCUGGACGAAGUCUACCCAGCUGGGGAGUACACCAAAGAUGUCGAAGACAAUUGUGCUCUGAUGUAUCUGAACGAGGCCACGCUACUGAACAAUAUACGGACACGUUAUUUCAAGGACAGAAUAUACACCUACGUCGCCAAUAUCUUAAUCGCCGUAAAUCCUUAUUGCGAAGUGAGAGAUCUAUAUUCACCUCAGACCAUCAAAGCUUAUCAGGGAAAGUCGCUAGGAGAAACACCGCCGCACGUUUUCGCCAUUGCUGACAAAGCGUUCAGGGACAUGAAAGUGCUGAAGCAGUCGCAGAGCAUCAUCGUCUCCGGCGAAUCUGGAGCGGGCAAGACCGAAUCGACCAAGUACCUUCUUCGAUAUCUUUGCGAUCUGUGGGGAUCGAUGGCUGGACCUAUCGAGCAGAAAAUUUUGGAUGCGAAUCCCGUAUUGGAAGCUUUUGGAAACGCAAAGACGAAGCGUAACAACAACAGCUCGCGGUUUGGCAAGUUCAUGGAGGUGCACUUCGACUCUAAAUGCCAAGUGGUGGGCGGCUAUAUAUCCCACUACCUCCUGGAGAAGUCGAGGGUGUGCCUCCAGAGCCCCGACGAGAGAAACUAUCACGUUUUCUACAUGAUGUGUGCCGGUGCUCCUCCUGAACUCCGCGCGAAACUUGGAAUUACGAAACCGGAUGACUUCCACUACCUGAGGAACGGUUGCACGCAAUACUUUUGCAACGACGAGUCGGGGAAGAAGCUGAACGACGUUCAAAAAAGUCGCGACCAGAUGAUGAAAGGUAGCUUGCACGACCCCAUCCUGGACGACGUGGAAGGAUUCAAUGCCAUCGAUCAGGCUUUGACGCGGCUUGGUUUGACUGACGCGGAGAGAAUGGAAAUUUACACGAUGGUUGCCGCGGUGCUCCAUCUUGGGAAUAUCACUUUCGAAGACAACCCUGAGGACACGAAGGGUGGCUCCAGGAUAUGUGCCAGCUCCGAGAAGGCGGUGUUGAUGUCGGCAAAGCUGUUAGCCGUUGACCCUGAAGAGCUUCGACAAGCUCUAGUCUCUAAAGUUAUGCAGACCAGUCGCGGUGGUAUCAAAGGAACAGUUAUCAUGGUACCGUUGAAAGUUUACGAAGCUAACAACGCUAGGGACGCUCUGGCCAAGGCGAUCUAUAGUAAACUGUUCGAUCACAUUGUAGGUCGUAUCAACAAAAGCAUUCCUUUCAAAGCCUCGAGUUAUUACAUUGGUGUCUUGGAUAUUGCAGGUUUUGAAUAUUUCAAGGUAAACAGUUUCGAGCAGUUCUGCAUAAAUUACUGCAACGAGAAACUACAGCAAUUCUUCAACGAGAGAAUCUUGAAAUAUGAGCAAGACCUAUACGCGAGGGAGUCUCUAAACGUACCCAAGAUAUCUUACGUCGACAAUCAAGACUGCAUCGAUUUAAUCGAGUCGAAAAACAUGGGAAUCUUCAGUUUGUUGGAUGAAGAAUCGAAAUUGCCCACUCACAGCUUCGCGCAUUUCACCAGCGAGGUCCAUCGCGUUUGGAACGGUCACUUUAGGAUAACUUUGCCCAGAACUUCGCGUUUGAAGGCUCACAGAGAAUUGCGGGACGACGAGGGCUUCGUUAUUCGUCAUUACGCCGGGGGUGUCUGCUAUCAAACGAAUCAGUUUAUCGAAAAGAACAACGAUGCACUGCACGCUUCCUUGGAGGCGUUAAUUCAGGAAAGCAACACCAAGUUCCUCAGAACUCAAUUCGCCAACAACUCGAGCCAGAAAGGGAAGCUCACCUUCAUCAGCGUUGGUAGUAAAUUCAAAACUCAGCUAGGGGAGUUGAUGGAUAAAUUAAAGAGCAACGGAACAAACUUCGUUCGUUGCAUUAAGCCCAACAACGACAUGGUGGCGCACCAGUUCGACGGAAACAGUAUUUUGGGACAGCUUCGUUGCUCGGGAAUGACGUCCGUCUUGGAGCUUAUGGAGCACGGUUAUCCCAGCAGAGUUCCGUUCCAGGAACUCUACAACAUGUACAAAUCCUAUCUUCCACCUGAAUUGGCCAAACUGGAUCCCAGGUUCUUUUGCGAGGCGUUGCUUCACAGCUUGAAAUUAAACAAGAAAGACUUCAAGUUUGGGAUCACCAGAGUGUUCUUCAAGCCAGGCAAGUUCGCCGAGUUCGACAAGAUCAUGAAGUCGGAUCCAGAGAACUUGCAAAAAUUGGUGGCCAACGUGAAGAAGUGGCUUCUGAAAUCUCGAUGGAACAAGAUGCAAUUUUGCGCUCUCUCCGUGAUCAAGUUGAAGAACAAGAUCAUUUAUCGCAGACACCACUUGAUAAUUCUACAGAAAACUGCCAGGAUGUACAUAGCCAAGAAGCAGCAUCGACCUCGUAUAAAGGGGAUGAUGAAGAUAACCAACCUGAAUAAUCAGCUGAUCGGAAUGGAGGAGACGUCGAAGCAGUUGAAGAAUCGCGAAAAAACGAUGAGCGAUAUAAAGAGACUCCAAGAUGAUUUAAACGUGGCAGUCGAUAAGAUCAAGAGCAACCCCAAGAUAAAACCUGCAGAGAUCGAUUCCCUUUACACGAAUUUGGUUAAUCAGGUUAACAGGCAAAUGGCGUCGCUGCAGGACAUGGUUAAACAGCAGAAGAUAGCGGAGGAACAGGCGAAGCUGAGGAAGAUCCAACAAGAGCUAGAGCUUCAGAAACAGAAGAAAGAGGAGGAGGAGCGGCAGAAGAGAGAGGAGGAGGAAAAUAGAAGAAAGAAACACGACAUCGAGGCGAGAAGAAAAGCCGAAGAAGAAGAAAAGAGGAGACAAGAGAUAGAGGAUCAGAAAACUGCCGCGGCUCUUCAAGCGCGACUGGAGAAAGAGGCCAUGGAAGAGAAUAAAUAUCGCGAAGUACUGGAACAGGAGAGAAGAGAUCACGAAUUGGCGGUCAGAUUAGCCCAAGAGUCGAACGGACAAGUCGAAGAUUCGCCACCACCUGUGCGAAGUGGUUCCGACGUGAGAGCACCAUCGAACAACAACAGGCUAGCAAGGUCAGAACAGGUACGCAAUAAUCAGGCAGCCAUGUCUAACAAGAAGUACGACUUAUCCAAGUGGAAGUACUCCGAGUUACGAGACGCUAUAAACACGUCAUGUGACAUAGAGUUACUUGAAGCUUGUCGUCACGAGUUCCACCGAAGAUUAAAAGUUUAUCACGCAUGGAAAGCGAGGAAUCGCAAGAGAACUACCAUGGACGAAAACGAGAGAGCGCCGAGGUCCAUUAUGGAAGCUGCUGCUAAGACACCCAUAACUCCGAUGAAGCAAUCGAUAGUCGAGUCCUCGCAGCGGUACUUCAGAAUUCCCUUCGUACGACCCUCUGCGCCAGGGCAGCAAGACAACACGCAUAACACUGGCAAAAGAGGGUGGUGGUACGCUCAUUUCGACGGCCAAUACGUUGCAAGGCAGAUGGAACUUCAUCCUGACAAGGCUCCAAUUCUUCUGGUAGCAGGUAUCGACGACAUGCAGAUGUGCGAAUUGAGCCUAGACGAGACUGGAUUGACUAGGAAACGAGGGGCCGAGGUGUUGGAACACGAGUUCAAUCGCGAGUGGGAAAAGCAUGGCGGAAAACUGUACAUUCCUCCGUGCGAUCGUAAGAAAUGAGCAGUCACUUGGCUCAUCGAACACGCGAACGUAGUUUUACUAUAUGCCUCGCGAAUUUUGUAUUUUCGUCGGUCUUUGAUCCACUUGGAUAUGGUGUAUCCACAGCACAGUGCCUUAGAAAUUGUACCUUUCGCGGUGAAAGGUAAUCCAAGUAAAUCCACGAAAGCACGUUGACAUUGAUCAUGUUAUUUAAUUCGUCAUGGAAACGUAGAGUAGUCGGAUGAAUCCUGUGGCGGAUCCAUGGAUCGAUCGACUUCGUAUUAUACUCGGUGCGUUGUGAAAUACGCGGUAUUCCGGUUAUGUCUGCGAAAUUUCGGGAUUCCCAGCGCGAUCAAAUCGUUAUGUUCAGUAUUCGCUAUCAGAUCGAUAGUAUCAGUAUCGCUGAAUUCGAUAGAAAUUUCGUAAUCGCUUGAAAGAGCACGGUGCAAGGCGGGUAAAAGAACAUUCGCGAAACAAAAGAUCUCAUUAAAUUUGAAUUUAUAUUUCCUUUAUUUUAGACGGUUCGAUUAACGUUCUCCGUCCCUGUAAUUAAUGCAUGGUAUUAAGGUUGUUAUAAAACAACGAUGGACUUUGAAUACGAACCUCCUUUAUAUUUUACAUUGGGGAAAGGCGUCAAGGUUCCUUCGAUUAACAUAGAGCUUCGUUGAAAAUACUAUCUCCGGUUUAUUUAGCAAAGAUAAUUUUACUAUUCGUUAAUGUAUGUUAUUGCACAUUUAAUGCGAAUCCAUAGGUGCGCCAGUGUGGUUAUUAAGAAACGCCGCGACGAAUAAAGAGUGUGUAUCGGUUAACUGAUUAUAAAUAAAUAACAUUCACUCCAU